AUGAUUGUGUAUUUUUUUACAUCAUAUUUCUGUUCUUUCUUCCUAUUGUCUUCCUUUUUCUCUCUCUUUCAUUUUCUUUCUUUUCUUUCACUCUUUGUUUUUAGCGCUCUCUUUCAAAUAAGCAUACACAUAUUUCCUCUCUCUUUCUUUCCUUUCUCUGUUUUCUUUCUUCUCUCUUUCUUUUUACCUCUCUUUUUCAAACGAGUACACUACACACAGACACACACUUCUUAUCUCUCUCCUUUCUCUUUCUUUUCUUCCAUUAUGUCUCUCUCUUUCAAACAAGCACACAUAUACACACUCCCUUUUUUCUUUCUUUCUUUCUUUCUCGUUGUUUUUACCUCUCUCUUUCAAAGAAGCACACACAUACACACUCCUUUUCUCCUUUUUUUCUCUCUUUCUUUUUACUGCUAUCUUUCAAACAGGCACACACGUACACACACUACCUUACAAACUUUCAUUUUUUACGCUUUCCCCGACUUCAUAUUCUCCUCUUGUAUAUUUCUCAAAUUUUGUCCUUCCAACUUACUUUUUUUGCCAUGUAAUCUUUUUUCUCUGUCUUUCUCUCUUUCACACACACACGUGCGAGCGCAUGUUCAUAGCCACACAAGAACACACGUUCAUUCUCCUGUCUUAUAG